UACGACCUACACUCUCAGUGGCCCUAUAAACACUAACAAGAAGAGAAAGGAUUUCGCCAUCUCUCACCACUCAAGACUCUGUUUGUACAGCUCCACAGUUUGUACAGUGACCCCAAAUGAUCAUCAAAAAUUGCCGCAACAUAAGGAGAACUAGCACCAGUAUACUUCAGCAAGACGUCCUCAGCACCUUUAAAGACAAGAUGUAAAGAGAGGUUCUUAUAAACUAUUACAGACUUCUUUAUACCAAAUUAUAUCCACCACACAUUUUGUUAACCACCACUUUUGUUCAGAGUUAUUCCAUGGUUAAUACUUUGAUGCAUUUGAGUGAAAUCAUAAAUGGUUUAAAGAUCUAAAAUUAUUUUGUAAAAGUUCAUAUAUUAGUAUUCAGUGCCUAAAACCAUUUCUCAUAAAACCAUUUUACAAAAGUUACAGGAGAUGAAGCUCGUUAGAGUUCAGUGUGUAAAGAAUACACCUAGUGCUUUCUGAAUCUAGAAAAAUAUGUACUAAAUAUGUAAGACUUUUAAAAGCAUACUGUUGUUUAGUGUCAAAGUAUUUUUCAGAUAAAAUAUAAUAAGACUGUACAUUACAGAAAAACUGUUAUUGUACAGUAUCCCAAAUACUUUUAACAGGCUAUUAUAUCUAAUUCAACAUAAGAUAGUAAUUCUGUAUGGAAGAAACAACAUAGAUGUUCAAAGUUUCUGAAAGACCUUGUAAAAUUUGUAAUUGGAACAAUGACAAAUCAUUUAGGAGAGAGGCCAUUUUCCUGUUCAUUGUGUCAGAAAAACUUUGUGCGUGAAACAGCUUUAACAGCACAUAUGAAGAAAGUUCAUCAAGAGAAACCAUUCAAGUGUUCAAUGUGUGUCAAAGAAUUUCAAUACAAAUCACAUCUUUUAUUACACAUGAGAGUUCAUACGAAAGAAAAACCAUAUAAGUGUCAAGAAUGUCUAAAAGACUUUUCAUACAAAUCAGUUUUAGUAACCCACAUGAGGGUUCAUACAGGAGAGAGACCAUAUGUAUGUUCAGUGUGUCAAAAACACUUUUCAAUUAAAUCAAAUCUAGUAGCACAUAUGAAUGUUCAUACAGGAGAAAAAUCAUACAAAUGUACAGUAUGUACAAAAGAGUUUAAAAAAAAGUCAGUUCUAAUAACGCAUACACGAAUUCAUACAGGAGAGAAACCAUACAAAUGCUCAGUUUGUGUAAAGGCAUUUUCAAAAAAAUCACUACUAAUGAUGCAUUCAAGAGUUCAUACAGGAGAGAAACCUUAUAAAUGCUCAGUGUGCCUAAAAAACUUCAAUUUAAAAUCAAACCUAGUAGUACACAUGAGGAUUCAUACAGGUGAAAAGCCGUAUAAAUGUCCAGAGUGUCUGAAAGACUUUUCUCGUAAAUCAGCUCUUCUAAUACACAUGAGCACUCAUACAGGAGAAGACAAUCCAUUUCGGUGUUCAAUAUGUUUAAAAGACUUUAAAAAUAAUUCAAGUUUAGGAAUGCACAUGAGAAUUCAUACAGGAGAGAAGCCAUUUAGUUGUCCAGAAUGUUUAAAAAAAUUUUCACAAAAAUCACACUUGGUAAUACACAUGAGAGUUCAUACACGAGAGAAGCCAUACAAGUGUCCAAAGUGUCUUAAAAGUUUUUCACAUAAGUCAGCUCAGGUAGCGCAUAUGAGUGUUCAUACAGGAGAGAAACCAUACAAAUGUUCUGUGUGCCAGAAAGAAUUUACAAGUAAAACAAAUCUAGUGAUACACACAAGAGUUCAUACAGGAGAGAAACCCUUUCAGUGCUCAGUCUGUCAAAAAUGUUUUUCAAAGGAGUCAGUUUUAUUUACCCACAUGAGAGCUCAUUUAGGGGAAAAACCUUAUCAGUGUUCAAUGUGCCGAAAAGAGUUUUCUUAUCGCUCAUCUCUAGCAGAACAUGUGAAAGUUCAUACAGGAAAGAAACCUUAUAAUUGUUCAGUGUGCUUUAAAGAAUUUUUGUGUAAAUCUGUUUUAGCAACACACACAAAAGUUCAUGCAGGUCAAAAACCAUAUCAAUGUACAGUAUGUCUAAAAAACUUUUUAUAUAAAUCAUCUCUAAAAUCACACAUGAGAUAUCAUACAGGAGAAAAACUAUAUAAUUGUUCAGAGUGUCUAAAAUAUUUUUCAAAAAAAUCAUCUCUAGUAACACACAUGAGAGCUCAUACUGGAGAGAAACCAUACAGGUGUUCUGAGUGCUUAAAAGGCUUUUCAAAGAAAUCUGUUUUAGCUUCCCAUGUAAGGAUGCAUAUAGGGAAAGGAAUUUUGAGCUAAUGUCAGAAUCAUUUUACACUUAAAUGAAUAGCAUUUUUUAGAUAAUGUUUACAAUCAAAUUCAAAUCUUUUUAUAAAGUAUACCAUACAGUGGAAUCUCAAUAUUCGUACGUAUGUCCUUAUAUUCAUACAACUUGAUAUUUCCUAACUUUUUUGAGAAAAAUAUGACUUGGUAUUUGGAUAUUGUCUUGAUAUUUGACCUAAACAAAACUGUAUCUGGACAAAGUCCAAUGAAAACAAAGCAUCGCGUGCUGUCUCUUGUCAGCUUUCGUUCGUUAAGCAUCAUUUGUACAAGCUCUGUGAAACUUUUUUGGUAUUUCAUUUUUGGUAUUUCAUUUUUCUAAAACAAUAAUUUGUGAAAAAGCAAAGCGAUUAUAUAGUGAUCUAGGCGAGAUAUGACUCGGCGUUUAGUGAGCCGUUAAUCAGACUAAACGUUGACAAUCUAAAUGAAUUUUUUAUGACCAUGACUCAAAAUCUGGUUACUUAAAAAAUCUCCGAUAUUAUCCUAACACCACAAGACUUUGUAAAAGCAAUAAAUGACAUGCCCAUGCACUCUUCCCCAGGCCCAGACUUGUGGAACUCAGUGUUCAUCAAGAACUGCAAGAAGCCUCUUUCAUGUGCCUUAAGCAUUCCAUGGGGAGGGAGCAUGGACACAGGGGUCAUCCCACAGUCACUAAAAACAACAGAUAUAGCCCCACUCAACAAAGGUGGCAGUAGAGCAAUUGCAAAGAAUUACAGACUGAUAGCACUAACAUUCCGCAUCAUAAAAAUCUUUGAAAAGGUUCUAAGAAGGAAGAUCGCCACCCACAUCAAUACCCAUCAGUUACACAACCCAGGUUGCUCCUGCCUAUCCCAAUUACUGGACCACUAUGACAUGGACUUGGAUGCUCUGGAGGACAAACAAAAUGCAGAUGUAGUAUACAUAGACUUUAUGAAAGCCUUUAACAGGUGUGAUCAUGGUGUAAUAGCACAGAAAAUGUGUGAUAAAGGAAUAACAAGAAAAGUUGGUAGAUGGAGCAAGAACUUCCUAACAAAUAGAACACAAAGAGUAAUAGUAAACAGAGUAAAAUCAGAGGUGGCUACAGUGAAAAGCUCCAUUCCCCAAGGUACAGUACUCGCUCCCAUCCUGUUCCUCAUCCUCAUAUCUGACAUAGACAGAGAUGUAAGUCAUAGCACUAUGUCUUCCUUUGCUGAUGACACCUGAAUUUGCAUGACAGUGUCUUCCAUUGAAGACAUUGCAAGUCUCUAAGCGGACAUAAACCAAAUAUUUAAAUAGGCUGCAGAAAACAUGUAUAAAGUUUAAUGAAGACAAAUUUCAAUUACUCUGUUUGGGAAAACUCAAGGGAAUUAAAACUAAUGGGGUAUAAAACAAAUUCCAACCACACAAUUGAGUAAAAAACUAAUGUGAAGGACCAAAGAGUGAUAAUGUCAGAAGAUCUCUUUCAAAGAUCACAACAAUGUAUCUUCCAUAUCUGCUAGGAAAAUGAUAGGAUGGAUAAUGAGAACCUUCAAAACUAGGGAUGCCAAGCCCAUAAUGAUUCUCUUCAAAUUGCUUGUUCUCUCUAAGCUGUAAUAUUGCUGUACACUAAUGGCACCUUUCCAGGCAGGCAAAAUUGUACACUUGAAGAAUAUACAGAGAACUUUCAUGGCAUGCAUAAGUACGAUAAAGCACCGAAAUUACUGGGAGCAAUUGAAGUCCCAUGAUUUGUAUUCCCUGGAAUGCAGGCUAGAAUGAUACAUGAUAAUAUACACUUGGAAAAUCCUCAAGGAACAAGUCCCAAAUCUGCACAUGAAAAUCUCUCCCUAUGAAAGCAAAAGACUUGGCUGGAGAUGCAACAUCCACCCAAUGAAAAGCAGGGGCACCACUAGUAUGCUAAUAGACAACACAAUAAGUGUCAGGGGCCGAAGACUGUUCAGCUGCCUCUCAGCAUACAUAAGGGGGAUUAUCAAUAGGUCCCUGGCUGUCUUCAAGAAGGUGCUGAACAAGCACCUAAAGUCAGUACCUGACCAGCCGGGCUUUGGUUCGUAUAUCGGUUUGUGUGUGGCCAGCAGUAACAACCUGGUUGAUCAGGCUCUAAUCCACCACAAGGUCUGGUCACGGACCAGGUCGUGGGGUCGUUGACCCCCGAAACCCUCUCCAGGUAUACUCCAGGAGACACCCCAGGAAACAGUGCUGAAAGUGAUGAAUAUAAGGCAAGUAGGGGCUGUUUGAUAGGUUUAAAAAAAUAAGUGGGAUUCAUAGUGUAGUAAGGCAUGGGGAGACUGCCACUGCUAACACAGAUCAGGCCAGAAAUGUUUGUUAAGAAAUUUAAAACUUAUGUAGACAGUGAGGAAUUUAUUCCUUAACAGGCUUUUAACCCUUUCAGGGUUUUCGACAAACUAGUACAGCUUACACGCCAGGGUUAUUGACGUACUAGUAUGCGUAAAUUCUAGCACCUUCAGAUCUAGCGAGAGAAAGCUGGUAGGCUUUUAUAUGAAAGAAUGGGUCUGUGUGGUCAGUGUGCACAGUAUAAAAAAAAUCUUGCAGUACACAGUGCAUAAUGAGAAAAAAAAAUUCUGACCGUGUUUUUGGUUUAGAACAGCGACUUUGCACUGUAUUUUCAUAUGGUAUUUAUGGUUGUAUUCUAGUUUUCCUGGUCUCAUUUUAUAGAAUGGAAGAUAUAUUACAGAAAUUGAGAGGACUUUGAUUGGUUUCACAAUGAAAAGUACAUUGAAAUUGAGCUCAAAGUAGCAGAAAUGUUCGAUUUUUGCCAAAGUUCAAAAGUAAACAAAUCAUGCUACGCGUCCAAUACACGUCAACUGGCGAGUCUAAUAUUCUUUCACAAGUGCGCUGAUAUUAUUUAUACCAUUUCUACACCAAUGCAGUAGUCUGCGUAACAGUAAAUCUUCUAUUUUUUGUAAGAAUAAAAAUUCAAAGUGGAAAGCAAAAGAGAUGUAAGACAGGCCUGGGGACAUGACUAGUGAACAGAGAAACUUUUAUUUUAGUGCCAGGAAUGCCUGUCUUGUUUAUUCUGGACCCUAUUUGGAAAUUGGAAUCUUUUGAAAUUUGUGUGCAAUUGUCAAAAUUGCCAAUUUCUGACCACUUUAUUGGAUAGUUGAAAUCAGUAAAUGGGUGGUUUCUUGUACUCAUUCAAUAGAAAAAAUGGAGUUCUAGCAAAAUAGUUAUGAUUUUUGUUGACUAGUACACUGGAAUUGACCGAAAAUAGGGCUCAAAGUGGGCGAAGUCGCCGAUGCAUAAAUGUCGAGACCGCUAACUUCGCGAGAGCAUAAUUCCAUAAGUUUUCCAUCAAAUUUCAUACUUUUGAUGUCAUUAUGAUCGGGAAAAGAUUGUCUAUCAUUUCAUAAGAAAAAAUAAUUUUUUAUUUUUUUUCCAAAAAAUUUUUGACCCUGAGAACAAGUUUAGGAGAGAGCCUCUCAACCCUGAAAGGGUUAAUUGUCAUGAAACUGGUCUCAUUUGGAAAAGAAUGCCUUAGAGAACCUACAUCACACAAGAAAAAUCAUUACCAGGACACAAGCCCAUAAAAGAGAGGCUAACACUCUUGUUGUGUGAUAAUGCUAGUGGGGACUGCAAAAUUAAAUUGUAGUGUACCAAUCUGAAAAUCCAAGGGCUUUUAAGAUAAAUAAUGUGAUAAAAAGUAAAGUCACUGUAAUGUGGAGGGCUAAUAGUAAAGCUUAGGUAACAAAGGCAGUUCUUCACUGAGUGUAUACAUGAAGUGUUUGCCUCAAGUGUGAAGACGUGCCUAGCAGUAAAAACUUACCAUUAAGGGUACUUCUGGUAAUGGACAAUGCUCCUGCUCACCCUUCAGGCUUGAAGGAAAAUUUGGUGGAUGAAUAUAGCUUUAUUAAAGUGAAAUUCUUGCCCCUCUAACACUACCACCACUUAUCCAACCCAUGGACCAGCAGGUAAUUUCCAAUUUUUAGAAACUGCACAAAAGCACUGUUUAAAAAGUGCUUUGAAGUGACCUCUGAAACAGAGUUUACCCUUAGGGAAUUUUAGAGAAAAACAUUUUAAUAUCCUCCAGUGUUCAAGGAUAAUAGACAAAGCCUGGGGGUAAGUUUCUUUCAGGACAAUGAACUCUGCCUGGAAGAAAUUGUAGCCAGACUAUGUACAGUCAGUCAGAGAUUUUAAAGGCUUUGAGGCAGAGCCUGUGCUAAAGGAUAUUGUUUCUCUGGGCCAGUCCAUGGGUUUGGAGCAGAAGAUCACUACAGAACUUCAAGGAGCAGAAGAUCACCACAGAACUUCAAGGAGCAGCAAGAAGUGGUUGAGGAAAUUUCUUCAGAGGAGGGAAGCAGUAAGGCAACAUUUCCACUGCAGAAAUUAAUGAACUGGGCUCAAAUACAGAGCCUGGUGGAAAAAGGGCAUCCCAUCAUUAUUGUUGUGAAUAGGAGCAUCAACUUGUUCAUUGAAAAUAUUGACAACUUUACCAUACCACGGGCAGGAUUUGAACCCGCGGUCAGAGAGUCUCGAAACUCCAGACCGUCGCGUUAGCCACUGGACCAGCUAGCCACAAUAUUGACAACUUUUUUUGAAAAGUCGUCAAGAGCAGACAACAUUGGACAGCUUCUUUACCAAAGAAAAAAUCAAAUGUUAGUGAAUCCCCAUCAUCUUCAAGUACUACUGCACAAAGACAAAAAAGAGAAAAAACACUAAACAGGUGACAACCUUUCCAAACAACAUCUAGGCCAUCAGCAUUCCUCAGUAAAGUUCAUUAAAUUUUCAUUUAUUUCAUGUAUUUAUUGUUUUUAUAGUUUUUAUGUAUGGUUUUAUGCAUGCAAAUAUUAUUUUACAGGUUUAAAUAAGCAAUAUUCUUACUUAAAAUGUUUCGUAAUUGGUCAUUUUUUGGAGCCUGGAACAGAUUAAUCCAAUUUACAUUAUUUCUUAUAGGAAAAAUUGAUUCAAUAUUCGUAUAACUCACUAUUCGAACAGCCUCCUGGAACAGAUGAAGUUCAAAUAUUGAGGUACCACUGUAAUUAUAAAGUCCAUAGGAUACAUAGCAUUUCAAGCAAAUUUAGACUAGUAUUAACUAUUAAGACUACAAAGUUUUUUGGGAUUUAUUGCAAGGUGUUAACUCAUUGUAAUGACCCCCAAAAUUCAAAGUACUGAAAACAUCAUGAUUUUAAAAAAAUUCUUCUCAAAAUAAGAGUGCAUGAGACCACAAGAAUUUUUCCAUCAGUAUUUACCAAGAUAUGAAUUUGAGGGUUAUUGACCUGUUAAUGAUAACAGUGGUGAUGGCAGUGCCCUUUUGUUCUGGGAUUUUCUAAUUUACAUUUUUCAAUAACUGUUGUGGCCCUAUGACACACAAAUCAUGCAAAAUGCACAUAAGGCUAGUCAUGGUGUAUAUACAACACAAUACCCACACUAGUAAUGUCAGUGGUAUAUUUUUACAAAACAAUAUAGACACACAUGUUCAAUUACUUUACUACUCUUUUAUGUGUAAGUUCCUAAAACAUGGUUCAAUUCACAGCUGUAUUUUACACUCCCUACAUAUAGAACACAUGUCCCUGCUCUUUACUGGGCACCUUGUUGUCUGUGCACACAUAACAUAAUUGCUGAGCUCGGUGUUUAUUAUCUGUAGCAAGAAGUGCACUCAGAAAGUGAUCACCAUACUUCAAACAAGAGGGUAUUUGAUGAUCAGUACAGUGGUGUAUAUGUUGUGACCCGUUAUUUCUUUCUUGUUUGUAUGAUGAUAGACAGACAAAAGUUGGCAUGUAGCAAUCUGUUGCCAGUCUUGAUCUGGUACAUAUUGCAUGCAUUUGUCAUUGCAGUGGCAACUAGAUGGAAGAAGAGUUUCAUGUACCAGUUGUAACUCUUCUGGACACCAUCAACAUAUCCAAUCUGCAUAUUGUAUUAGUCCACCAGACACACAUUGCUGGUGUAAUCCACGUAAUCCAUAACAGCAGCUGGUUUCACAAUGGGUUUAGUUACUUUUCUUAUGUCUUUCAUUUUGUGCUGGUGGAUCAAUGGCAACAAUGUCAGAACAUGUCAUACCACCAAAAUGCCGUGAUGAUAUUGUCAUGAAGAUAUUGUCAUGAACCUCCUGCAGCUCACUAAUACCAAUGCCCGCACUGAACCUGGGCAUGUUUAUGUUGCCCGUACUGUACCACAUGUCUGUCAUUUUCAACUGCAGGAAAUUCCUGAGUAAAGGGCUUGUGUACCAGUUAUCAUGUAUAAUGUAUGGCCUUUACCAAGAUAUGAGUCCUUCAUUUUUUUCACCACAUCACCAGAGAUUCCCAAUAACUUCCUGGUAAUUUUCAAUGUUUUGAUUCCUGUGUAAACAAUGAGAUCCAGUGCCAUUCCACUUUAAGAAUCAUGCUUUUGAACAAGAUCAAAGACUCAUCAAUAGCAAGAUUCCAGAUGAGAUGAAAAAACUUGUUGAACUUCUGCUUGAGAUACAUAAAAACACCCCUGAUCUUGCUUAACAUAUAACCUGCACCUCACCAGUACCAAUGCCAGCACUGAACCUGGGCAUGUUUAUGUUGCCUGCACUGUACCCACAUGUCUGUCAUGUUCACCUGCAGGAAAUUCCUGAGUAAAAAGCUUGUGUACCAGUUAACAAUCUUUAAUGUAUGACCUUUACCAGGAUAUGGGUCCUUCAUUUUUUUUCACCACAUCACCAGAGAUUCCCAAUAACUUCCUGGUAAUUUUCAAUAUUUUAAUUCCUGUGUAAACAAUGAGAUCUAAUUCCAUUCCACUUUAAGAAUAACGCAAAACAAAUAGCUUAAUACCAAAGCAUUUCUUCUUGCUUGGUAUAUACUGCUUGAACGACAGUCUGCUUUUGAACACGAUCAAAGACUCAUCAAUAGCAUUUUUCCAGAUGAGAUGAAAAAACUUGGUGAACUUUUGCUUGAGAUACAUAAAAACACCCCUGAUUUUGCUUAACAUAUCACUUCUCUUGGGCCUUGUCUGAGAAGUGUAGCAUACAUAAUGGCAGGAUAAAUCUGUUGAUGUGUAUGAAAUCACUGAAUGUCAGGGUACAUAUAAGGGAUUAUGAUGCAAUAUUGUGCUUAUACACACGUGGCAUGAGCAUGAUUGUGGAAAUGAAGAGUUGUGUCCUUCUACUCGUGCAGUUGUGAUUAUGGUGAAACCAGCUUUGCCAGUGUAUACUGGCAGUGUCUGUUGGUUUCCCUUGCUAUAAUUUUCAUCUGGGGUUCAUCAAAAUAGAGUUCAAGUUCAGUGACAUUGCUCUGAGGGUAUAGUUGGGCUUGAUUCCACUGUGUGUGUGUGUGUCGUGAAAUUGAUUUGGAUUGCACAUAAAAUGUGCACCCUUCUGUUAAUCCUAGAUGCUGUUUGGUGGUGGGUGCUUGAUAUUUGUGGCUGGUUGUGGUGGUGGUGGUGGUGUGGGUGGUGGAUGUGGACUGGGGUUGUUGGAGUGUGUGGUAAGGCUCCUAGCCUGGGCUGGUGCUGGUCCUGCCUCCUGGCAUCAAUAAUAGAGACCUAUGUGGGAGACAGUAAAGGGUUAACAGGAGUUGAAAAAAUUUAUCAUUCUAAGUAAAAAAAUCAUGUUAAUACAACAGUAUCAAAGGGACAGGAGUGUGAUGAUAAUGAGAAUGACAGAAAUAACUCUUAUAGCAGUUUAUAGUUGAAGUGAUAUAAAUAAUUAGUUUAUAAUUAUAUUAAUAUAAGCUGUCAAGUAAAAUUAUCAUUAUGUGAAAAUUUUUUCAAUACAACAGCUAUAUCAGAAAGGAUUGCAACGUAUAACACAAUACAUAUAUGAGAGUAGAAAAAUAGUGGAAACAAGAAGUAUAGGAGGAUGAAUUAUGGAUAAAAAUCCAACAAGCUGGCAUCAUGAUGUGUCUGAUGUAAUACUGCUAUGAAACAUGAGAAUUCAUAAAGAAAGAGAACAAUACAUGUAUUGUGUUAAAAAGCUUUAUCAUACAAUUUAUAUACGUAUAUAUAUGAUAAAAUAUUUAAAGUCUUUCUAUCUGAGAUAAAAGAUUAGAGAUUUAUGGGUUAGGGGAUGUACAGUAGACUAUUAUAUUACAUGGAUUUAUUUGGCGCAUUUUGAUUAUUGCACUAUUGAAAAAUUGCUGCACAGUUUUAUACAACACUUCGUAAAAUAACACGGUUCGGUUUGCGGGAGGGGAAAAAAUUUGGAAUAUAGCCCGCAGGAUAUUUGCCCAACUCAGGCCACUGCUUGGCUGUGGUUUAGACCACUAAGUCAAUGGGGAAGACCUACCGCCAUCCCCUGCCACCCCCACCACCCUCGUUCCAGCCUUCGGUUCAUAUGUGUGUAGAACCAUUCUCUCCUAGGAGCUAGCUGUGUUUGUGGAUUGUAUUUUGAUCUUUCAGUUGCCAUAUCUUGUAUCUACCAAGCAAUCAUGGCACCCAGUAGACAUAUAAAUGUUGCUGAAAGUGGCAAGAAAAGGUUUAAAAGUUUAAGUCUUGGAGUUACGAGAAAAUUGAGAUACGUAUUAGACAAGCUUAAGAGUGGCUCACAUGUGGCGGAUGUAGUGAGAGCCUAUGGCCUUAAUAAAGCGUAAGUUCGUCCAAUUAAAACGAAUGAGGUGAAUAUAUGAGCUUGUGUAAUGAAUAACCCAGGAUGUCAUCUCACGAAAAGAAUGACACGUAGAUUACAAGUAAAUAAAAUGGAAAACUUAUGGCUUGAGUGGACUGAACAAAAAACAAAGAAAGGUCCACCUCUUAAUUUCAUCUCGGUUAAGGAAAAAGCCUUACAGUUGUUUACAGCAAUGUGUGAUAAGGAAGGAAGGCCUGAAAAAGUGUGUGUGUUUAGCACAGGCUGGUUCCACAACUUUAAGUUGUAUAAUAAGUUACAUAAUAUUAAGUUUUCUGGUGAAAGUGCUUCAACUGAUCAUACAGCAGCAAGUAAUUUCCCUGCUGAAUUGCAGGAAAUUAUUUCUGAGGAUGGCUGUGAGCCACAUCAAGUGUUUAAUGCUGACAAGACAAGUGUUUUUUGGAAGAAAAUGCCAACAAGAACUUAUAUAAGUCAGCAAGAGAAAAGUGCACUGGGCUUCAAGGCAGCAAAGGAUUGCUUCACCUUGCUCCUUUGUGGUAAUUCGUCAGGUGAGUUCAAGUGUAAGCCCAUGGCUGUUUACCUCUCUAAGAAUCCUCGUGCAAUGAAAGGUAUAGAUAAGAACACCUUACCAGUAAUUUGGAGGUCAACCAGUCAGCAUGGAUGACAGGAAAUAUUUAUUGACUGGUUCAAGCGUCACUUUAUUCCCAAAGUCAAGUUUUACCUGCACAGCAAGAAGUUUGCAUUCAAGGCUCUCUUUAUUCUUGAUAAUUCCCGUACUCAUCCAGAAGCUUUGCUGGAUGUGACCCCGCAUGUAAAAGCUGUACUUUUACCUCCAAAUACAACAUCUUUAAUACAACCACUGGAUUGAGAAAUUGUUAAGUCAUUCAAGUGUAACUACACAAGAAAAGUUAUAAAAAAAAAACUAGUUGCAUCAAUGGACUCUGAUUCCAACCUGGCAGUACCAAGCUUCUGGAAUAAAUUUAUUAUUGCAGAUGCCAUCAGCUAUGCUAGAAGUGCAUGGAAUGAAGUGCCUCAAUCAACAUUAAAUGCAAGCUGGGGAAAGUUAUGGCCUUCUUUCACUGGUUUUUCCUUGCUUGAGAGUCAGGUUCAGGAAAUUGUUCAGCUGUCAAGGAGAUUACCAGGUGAUGGUUUUGAAGAUAUGAAUGAAGAUGUGAAUGAGCUCUUAGAAGAUAAUGAUGAUGAAGACAGGAGUCCAGAGGAAAUGUUGGCAGAGCUCGAUGCAUAGAUACAAGGGAGGCAGAUAGAAGGAGAAGAACCUGCAGAAAAGCAGUUAACAUUGCAGCAGUUAUGUGAGCAGUUCUAUGUUGCUGCUAAACUAGCAGACUUUUUCACUGAAGAAGACCCUAACAUAUCUAGAAGCAGUGCUCUGUAACGGGGUCUAGAGCAGCUAAUGAUGCCUUACUGUCAGCUUUAUAAUGUACUGCAGGGUAAAAGAGCCCAGAGAUCCAUUACAGAAUUUAUGCACACUCCAGUACAACCAUCGACUUUAGUACCAGAACCUCAACCAUCCACUUCUGCUGACAACCAACAACCAUCCACCUCAGCCCAGUAGGGCCACACCAUGUAUCUCCACUCUCUUCACAAUCACUGACAUAAACCAGCAAUCACAAUUUAAGGUAUCAAAUGAUUUAGAUAAAGAAAAAUUGGAUAUCAAAUUGGGGAGGAGGAGUAUGGAAGAAGUGAAUGUUUUCAGAUACUUGGGAGUUGACAUGUCGGCAGAUGGAUUUAUGAAGGAUGAGGUUAAUCAUAGAAUUGAUGAGGGAAAAAAGGUGAGUGGUGCAUUGAGGUAUAUGUGGAGUCAAAAAACGUUAUCUAUGGAGGCAAAGAAGGGAAUGUAUGAAAGUAUAGUAGUACCAACACUCUUAUAUGGGUGUGAAGCUUGGGUGGUAAAUGCAGCAGCGAGGAGACGGUUGGAGGCAGUGGAGAUGUCCUGUCUAAGGGCAAUGUGUGGUGUAAACAUUAUGCAGAAAAUUCGGAGUGUGGAAAUUAGGAAAAGGUGUGGAGUUAAUAAAAGUAUUAGUCAGAGGGCAGAAGAGGGGUUGUUGAGAUGGUUUGGUCAUUUAGAGAGAAUGGAUCAAAGUAGAAUGACAUGGAAAGCAUAUAAAUCUAUAGGGGAAGGAAGGCGAGGUAGGGGUCAUCCUCGAAAGGGUUGGAGAGAGGGGGUAAAGGAGGUUUUGUGGGCAAGGGGCUUGGACUUCCAGCAAGUGUGAGUGAGCGUGUUAGAUAGGAGUGAAUGGAGACGAAUGGUACUUGGGACCUGACGAUCUGUUGGAGUGUGAGCAGGGUAAUAUUUAGUGAAGGGAUUCAGGGAAACUGGUUAUUUUCAUAUAGUUAGACUUGAGUCCUGGAAAUGGGAAGUACAGUGCUUGCACUUUAAAGGAGGGGUUUGGGAUAUUGGCAGUUUGGAGGGAUAUGUUGUGUAUCUUUAUACGUAUAUGCUUCUAAGCUGUUGUAUUCUGAGCACCUCUGCAAAAACAGUGAUUAUGUGUGAGCGUGGUGAAAGUGUUGAAUGAUGAUGAAAGUAUUUUCUUUUUGGGGAUUUUCUUUCUUUUUUGGGUCACCCUGCCUCGGUGGGAGACGGCUGACUUGUUGGAAAAAAAAGAAAAAAAUAAUAAUAUUUCUGUUGCAUUUGUAAUCUUAAGCAACAACAAAAAAAAAUUAUCAUUCCUAUUUUUGUAAGAUUUGGAUGUCUAAAAAACAAAAGUUGUUUGACUUUUUUUGGGAUCUCAAGAAUGUAACCUUAUUUUUCCUAUAAGUUCUUCAGUUUAUCUAAUACAGAUUUACCUAACACAGCAUUUUCAGGAACCUAGCUACCGUGUAAUAGUAUAAUGAUCUACUGUAGCAAACUAAUUGCUCACUCACAGGAUAUUAACCAGAACAGAAAGAGGGUAGUUUAAAUAAACUACCCUCUUUUUGUUCUAGUUUCUGAAGCCAAAUUUGGGAGAAUGCAAACUACUCUUAUCUGUCUUAAUCAGUCAGGCUAGUGGGCCAGUGGGCCUCUAACAGCAAUGGACCCACAAUACCACAAUUACAACAAUUCACAACUAACUCACAAUACAAUGACUACAACAGUUCACAACUAACUUGGCUGAACAGGCAUUCAACAAGAAAGCCUGGCUGAAAGACCAGGCUGGCAGGGUAGAAAAUACCUUUAACCCUUUUACUGUCUGUCACGUAGAUUUACAUUAUUGACACCAAGGUCUGUCAUGUAGAUUUACAUUAUUGACACCAAGGUCUGUCAUGUAGAUCUACAUUAUUGACACCAAGGUCUGUCAUGUAGAUUUACAUCAUUGACACCAAGGUCUGUCACGUAGAUUUACAUUAUUGACACCAAGGUCUGUCAUGUAGAUUUACAUUAUUGACACCAAGGUCUGUCACGUAGAUUUACAUUAUUGACACCAAGGUCCGUCAUGUAGACGUAUGUCAUGAGCUCAGCUCAAUCAGAUAAGUUGUGAGCGGUAAAUUUUGGCCUAGAUAUGAGAGAAAGGGUCUGUGGUGUGUGUACAGUAUAGAAAAAAUUCCAGCCUUAUGUGAUGCAUGAUAGGAAAAGCAAAAUUCUGACCUUGUGUUUGAGGUGUUUUCUAAGAUGGUUUUAUUAUCUGUUUCUUGGUAUAAUUUAAUAGAAUGGAAGACAUGCUGCUGAAAUAGAAUGAUAUUGAUUGGUUCCAGAACUGGAAAUAGCUUGAAGUCUGCCUCAAAGUAGCAGAAAUAUUAGUUUUGCUGAUUUUCUGGAGAGUGGGUAAAGCUCCCGUACACUCCCUGGUGUGUUGCUUGGGCUUUUACUAUGUCUUAUUCAAUUAUUUGGAUGUCAUAAGCCAUGACCAAUCAUUCCUGGUUAUGUUGUGUUUGACAAAUGGGGGAAAAUCUAUUUUUUUGUGAUGAAUUCAAAGUGGAAGGCAAGUGCAAUAUAGGAGAGACCUUAGGAUGCAAUUAAUGAACAGAGGAAUUGUUGUUUUAGUGCCUGGAAUGACAACAGUUUUUUUUUUUUUGCCAAAUAGUCAAAUUCUGUGCAGUUUAUAGUAUAGUUUUGAUAGUUAAAUGGGCAGUUUCUUGUGCUCAGUCAGUAGAACAGAAGGCAUAGCAAAAUAGCUGGUUUAGAAAGACACGUAAGCAAACACUAUAACAUAUUUAUUAGAAAACGUUUCGGUCCUGGGACCUUGAUCACUUCUAACAUACAGAGGCAGAAAGACAUUAUAUAUAUAGGCGGAGAGUGAGAUGUGACGCACGUGACCUGAGGAAUGUCAUAAGAACACAAGAAUGGAGGAACACUGUAGAAGGCCUACUGGCCCAUGCGAGGCAGGUCCUUAUCAAAACAACCUCUGCCUAUGAUGAGGACGGGUAGACGAUGAAAUCAUGUGACUCCUGUGUUGUUGGGUUGGUGCUGCUUAAGUAUCAUGUAUGCCAAUGUUUUUGAAAUUUUGUAGUUUCCAGUGUUGCGUUCUAUAGUGUCGGUGACGGUGAUUAGUGAGGCUUCUAGGCACCGUCGGCAUCUGAGGUCUGGUUCGGUGAGAACGAGUUGUGCCUCGUUCCAGUUCAUCAAAUGCCCCGUAGAGUCUCUGUGGAGGACACAGGCGUACCUUACAUCGAUGACAUUGGCAUACAUGAUACUUAAGCAGCACCAACCCAACAACACAGGAGUCACAUGAUUUCAUCGUCUACCCGUCCUCAUCAUAGGCAGAGGUUGUUUUGAUAAGGACCUGCCUCGCAUGGGCCAGUAGGCCUUCUACAGUGUUCCUCCAUUCUUGUGUUCUUAUGACAUUCCUCAGGUUACGUGCGUCACAUCUCACUCUCCGCCUAUAUAUAUAAUGUCUUUCUGCCUCUGUAUGUUAGAAGUGAUCAAGGUCCCAGGACCGAAACAUUUUCUAAUAAAUAUGUUAUAGUGUUUGCUUACGUGUCUUUCUAAACCAACUUGUCGGUAUUUAUUACCAAGGUUUAUACCAGCAAAAUAGCUAAAAGAAUUUGGUCAAAUUGAGCAGUGGAAUUGGCUUAAAAUAGGACUCAUAAUCGGUGAAAUUGUUGAAGCAUAAAUUGUGUCCAUACUAUUAACUUUGCACCUGUGGAAUUCCAUGAGUUUUCCACCAAAUUUUGUAUUCUUGAUGUCAUUGUCUUCAGAAAUAGAUUCUCUACCAUUUUUUUUAUUGUGGUUAGUGAGCAUUAAUAUGUUUUGGACAGUGAGAGGAUUAGAAUGAGUUGCAGGUAUAUUACUUGUAUAGGUAUUCUUGUGACUGUUGGUUUCUCACAAACUGAAAAUAAAACUAGAAACAGACAACAUGGUGAGAACCAAUCUUAUAAGCCAUUGGGUUUUUAGCCUAUUACAUUUACUACUAUUCCAGUCAUCUUCGUUUUUUUUUAGGAAAAUGCAAUAUUGUAUAUAUUAAUGGAGUUAGUGCAGUGUAUCGAGUUAGAUUUCACUUGACCCGAUCUAGUAGUGAACCCUCAGCUUAACAGACUUUUAAAACAAUGGAUAAAAUCCACCUGGUAAAUAGCAUGUUUAAUGCCUUUACUUUCAGUGUUUAUUGCUGUAUAUAUCUGUAUAUGUUUGUUCAGUACAAUAUUUGGUAUAUGGUAAAGCACUUUAGUGCUUUUUUGUUUUGCUGUUUUUAACAGUAGUCUCAUUUAAUGGACAGUCCCCCAAUUAGUCCGGUAUGUUGAGGGUUUACUGUACUUGAAGUCUGGACUAUAUGUCAUUGAACUGAUGGGUGAUCAAUUUAAUGCCUCUAUUAAUCCUCUUCUCAAAAUUAAGAAACAUAUCUAGAUCUUGUUUAACAGUGAUAAGGAAUUCAAGAGGCAUGAAUUAAUGUAUGACCUGAUGUAUUUCAGGAAUUCUACUUCUGCACUACUGAUUUAGAGGUUUAAAUUUAGAAUUUGUACAUAUUGCAUCAGAUUUUGAUAGGUCCUAUUGUUGCCAUGCUUUGACCCACAUGGGUUGAUGCAUUUUUAUGAAUAUAAUAAUCAAGAUCCACUGUUGCUAUAGAUUGUAUUUUACUCAAUCAUCAGUACUAACUCAGGUACCAGGUAAUGCUUGUCUACAUGUUCCUAUUUUUCCUGUCAGUACAAAACUGAUAUUUCAUGCUGUAUUAAAUGUAACAAUAGUGUAAUAAAAUGGUACCAUUUAC